UGUUCAUAAAAAAUUUGCGCAAAAUCUUAACCCCAUAUGAUCAAGAUAUUAAAGACAAAAGCCCCUUGAUUUUUAUAAAUGCAUAACACAGCCUUCAUUCUCCAGCUUUCAUUAUCUCAAUUUUGCUUUGCAAUUAACAUGGAGUUUUCUGGCACAAACAAUUCUUAUUUCAUCACUUUCUCUUCUUUUUUCAUUCUUUUUGUUGCUUUUGCUACCAUUUUGAACCCUAUAUUUGCUUUGAAAAGCUGUGAGUUUCCGGCAAUCUUUAACUUCGGUGACUCGAAUUCUGAUACCGGUGCAAUGCCAGCUGCCUUUAUUCCCCCUAACCCUCCUUAUGGAGAGACUUAUUUUCACAUGCCGGCAGGGAGGUAUUCUGAUGGAAGACUGAUAAUAGAUUUUAUUACCAAGAGUUUGAAUCAUCCAUACAUGAGUGCAUAUCUUGAUUCCAUGGGGACAAACUUCAGCCGUGGGGCGAAUUUUGCAGCCGCAGGAUCCACCAUCAGAAUACCAUUUAGUAUUAUACCUCAUGGUAUAUCUAGUCCAUUCUCUCUUGACGUGCAAUUCCUGCAAUUCUUGCAAUUUAAGCUCAAAUCACAAAUGAUAAGGAAACAAGGCGGUGUAUUUGCAAAAUUGAUGCCAAAGGAAGAAUAUUUUCCAAAAGCUUUGUACACAUUCGAUAUUGGUCAAAAUGAUAUUGGAGAUGGAUUGUUGAGCAAUUUGACAAUUGAGGAAGUGAUUGCAUCUGUCCCGGAUAUUGUGAACAGGUUCUCAGCAAAUAUUGAGAAUAUCUACGACUUGGGAGCCAGAACAUUUUGGAUUCACAACACAGGACCAAUUGGUUGUCUUCCUUAUAUUUUAGCUAAUUUUCCUGCAGAAAAGGACGAUGCAGGCUGUGCAAAACCUUACAAUGAAGUAGCUCAGUUUUUUAAUGCAAAGUUGAAUGAGUCCAUAAUUCAACUCAGGAAGAAUUUUCCUUCGGCUGCAUUCAUAUAUGUUGAUGUCUAUUCUGUCAAGUACUCUUUAUUCAGCUCACCCAAAAAACAUGGUUUUGAGCUUCCACUAAUAGCAUGUUGUGGGUAUGGGGGAAUGUACAACUUCAACGAUAGUGCAGGAUGUGGAGAAAAAAUUAUAGUGAAUGGAAGUGAAGUAGUUGUAGGUUCAUGUGAUCGUCCAUCAGUUCGAGUAAAUUGGGAUGGAAUUCACUAUACUGAGGCAGCCAACAAGUUUGUUUUUGAUCAAAUUUCUACAGGAGCCUUUUCUCAUCCGCCUAUUCCCUUGAAUAUGUCUUGUAUGUUAUAAUUAAUGCUUUCUGACUUAAAUGAAUAAUUAGAA